AUGUCUCUUUCGAGAACCAAGAGCAAGCAGAGAGAUCCGCCUCCGUCUUUGUUUCUUCAUCCAUCUCCAGGAGCAUCCCAUGUAACUUUGCCUGAGAUCCUAGCCCCUGGCUCCGCCAACCCAGGACCAGCCAGUAUCAGGCGAGAGCGCUCGUCAUAUGAUAGCAGCGCUUCGAUAUGGCAUGCAGAUCAGCAGAGGGCCGGUCGUGCGCCAAAGACGGCGGAUAGCGGCCGCACGGCAGAUCGGACAGAUGCCCUUUGGGCGGAGAUGCAAGCAACACUUGAAGAAGUCGAGCUGUCUGCCUCUGCUGGUACUCAUGUGUUUGGUCGCUCACAUGAUAUCAAAUUGGCAGAGCUACGGGCAGCCCAAAUUGCACUGGCGCAGGCGUGGGCCCGCAGCGAAGCAGAUGGCUCGACAGAGAUUGUCUCCCGUCAAGAAGUGAGCCCAGAUGUCGGUGAUGAUCUCCGGAGCGCGAAAAUUUCGCUUGCGGACACCACUAAGCCAGUUGCUAGCGAGGCCGAGCCUCAUAAGAGCAAUGCGAAUGCUGGUGUGCCGCGGCCAUUCAGCGAGGGUGCUGAUGUGGAACGACUGGGAGCCAAGUUGGAAGAAGAGACAGAAGCAGACAUAUUGUUGGCCAGGAAACGGCGCGAAGCAAAUGAUGAGUACUUCCAACGCGUCAAAGCGGGCGUCAUUGACGUAGUCUCGACGUUGGAAAAAGUUGCUGUGGCAAUGCGUGCCGUGGAACAAGAAAGCAAAGACGUUUGGAAUGAGGAUUAG